ACAUAAAGAGCUUUGCUUACCAUAGCUCUCACCCCCCACACACACAAGUUUUGUGACAAACAUUCAACCACACACAGUUCUCUCUCUCUCUCUCUCUCUGGUGGCCAUGAGGGCACGGUGUCGAUUUGAGCCAAUUUCGAGAUGCAGCACCGAGGGACGAUCGAACCAGACAGUGACUGCAGACCUCGACGGCACUCUCCUCGUGUCCCGAAGCGCUUUCCCUUAUUUCAUGCUCGUUGCUCUUGAAGCCGGCAGUCUAUUAAGGGCACUUUUACUACUAGCAUCCGUACCAUUCGUAUAUUUCAUCUACUUGUUCAUAUCAGAAUCCGUAGCAAUCAAUACCUUCAUCUUCAUUUCUUUCGCCGGUCUGAAGCUCAAGGACAUUGAGAUGGUUGCGAGGUCCGUCUUGCCCAAAUUUUACGCAGAAGACGUUCACCCGCAGACUUGGAAAGUGUUCAACUCGUUCGGCAAGCGCUACAUCAUCACUGCCAAUCCCAGAGUUCUUGUGGAGCCUUUUGUCAAGAGCUUUCUUGGUGCUGAUAAGGUUCUUGGGACAGAGUUGGAAGUGACCAAGUCCGGGAGGGCUACUGGGUUUGUUCAAAAACCAGGUGUUCUAGUCGGAGAGCACAAAAGAGAAGCCAUCGUCAAGGAAUUCGGCGCUGACUUACCCGAUUUGGGUCUCGGAGAUAGAGAAACUGACCAUGAUUUUAUGUCCAUUUGCAAGGAAGGGUACAUGGUCCCAAGGACAGAAUGUGAGCCCUUGCCAAGAAACAAGCUUUUGAGCCCGGUUAUAUUUCAUGAAGGCCGUUUGGUACAAAGACCUACUCCUUUGGUUGCCCUGUUGACCUUUUUAUGGAUGCCAAUAGGUAUAAUCAUAUCCAUUUUAAGAGUUUACACCAACAUCAUACUGCCUGAGAGAAUUGCUAGAUACAACUACAAGCUUCUGGGGAUUAAUCUAAUUGUUAAGGGCAACCCUCCACCACCACCUAAAAAGGGUCACCCUGGGGUUCUAUUUAUUUGCAACCAUCGCACAGUUUUAGACCCUGUUGUAACAGCAGUUGCAUUAGGAAGAAAAAUUAGUUGUGUCACAUACAGCAUUAGCAAAUUUUCCGAACUAAUCUCUCCGAUCAAGGCUGUGGCAUUGACAAGGGAAAGAGAGAAAGACGCGGCGAACAUUAAGGCUUUGCUUGAGGAAGGUGACCUCGUGAUCUGCCCUGAAGGAACUACUUGCAGAGAGCCAUUUCUGUUGAGGUUCAGUGCGCUGUUUGCUGAGCUUACUGAUAGGAUUGUUCCGGUUGCAAUUAACACCAAGCAAAGUGUGUAUUACGGGACAACAGUCCGGGGACACAAAUGGUUGGAUCCUUAUUUUGUGUUCAUGAAUCCAAUGCCAUCUUAUGAGAUCACGUUUUUAAAUCAGCUACCGAUGGAACUCACUUGCCAAGGUGGAAAAUCGCCGUUUGAAGUGGCGAAUUACAUUCAGAGGGUAUUGGCCGGGACUUUAGGGUUUGAGUGCACAAAUUUGACCCGGAAGGAUAAGUAUUCUGCGAUUGCUGGAACAGAUGGUAGGGUUACAUCAUCCAACAAGGAAAAGGAAAAGGCCUAGCUAAGGCGGAGAGCUUGAUUUUACCCGAUGAUGAUAUUGAUCAUCAAAUUUAAUCUCUCUAUUGUUCUCCAAUAUCUUCUGAGCUUUUCUCAUAAUAAUGAAACUGAUCGAAUAUUGUUACAAUUAUUAUAAAAGAAAUUAGUACUAGUGUAUAUUGCCAUUUA